AUGAACAAGGACACGCCCUUGCUUCCCUUUGCCUACACCAAGGGUGGCGAUGAGGCCUCCAUCGCCUACGACACUUCGCCAAGACCACGAGAAGUGAUUGAUGCCAACGCAAGCUCCAGUUUCCAUACCCGGACCCCGGAUCUGGCCCGGAACUCGCAAAUUGGAAUACCGCCAAAGAGAGUACCGUUGCCACUGCUGGUGGCGGCGGUUCCUCGACUCAAGAGAAAGCUUACCAGUUACAGUGAACACGAUAAUCAUAAGCGGCAAAACUUAGCUGAAGUGCCGCCGUCAGACGAUGUGGAAACCCCCGAUACAAUCUACCCUCCCUCAAGUCCUCCCGUAUUGGCGCUGGAAUAUGACGAAUUCACUAGCCAACACUUCAAUUUCCCGCCUACUCUGCCUGACCAUCAUGACCCCGUACUGCUGCGACCGCGGCCGCCGCUGCGAGCGAUGAUGCCGUCGCUGGAUGCCGAUUUCGGUAUUGAUCGAUUCAACCGGUAUAAGCCGCUUGAGGAGGCUCCCACUUCAGAAGUCGACCCUCACCUGUCACAGAUCAGCUUGGAUAAAGCCCGCCAGAGAAUUAUGACCGCGUUCGAAGAGUGUAACCCUCUAUUGGAUCUAGAAGGGAUGGAGCUUACGGAUAUCCCCGACGAGAUUGCCGACAUGGAGGACCUUGUCGUGAUUGGCUCGCAUGCACAUUUCCAAGUUUAUGCCAGUAAUAACCAGCUUCGUUCCUUACAGCCGCUGUUGUUUCAGUUUAGGAAGAUUGAAGUGUUGGGUCUACGCCAUAAUAAGAUCGAGACGAUCCCGCCAUUAAUCGGCGAAUUGACUCAUUUGACGGACUUGAACCUUGCUGCCAACCGUAUCAAAUGGCUUCCCUGGCAAUUUCUUCACCUUGCCCCGAAUCUCAAGCAAUUUGGCUCCGGUCCUAAUCCGUGGUUACCUGUCCCCGAGACGGCUACUGAAGUCCCCUUACCGGCUGAGAAACCAACUUUUUGUCGCCGGUAUCGAGGGGAAAUCGAAUACCAUCGCCCGCAAACGCCAGUGCCGCUGCUUCAAACGUGGUGCCUCCACCAUUUGGCUCAGUUUGAUGCUCUGUACGCUGAUACUAAAGACUGGAAACGGGCGAUGGACCCAAUGUACCACGAGCUUAUCUCGCGGGCGAUAUGGUGUGGACACUACCAGGACCGGUGUAGCCAAUGUGAGGUGCUUAUUGUCGACCCAAUGGCGCUGGUAUAUGAAUGGUGGGACAUUUUACAACAACGGAACAUCCCCAUUCGCUUCCAAUUCUGCAGCGACCGGUGCGUGAAACGCUACCAAAACCAAAUUACGAUUUAA